CACCAUGCCUACGACGAUGUCGCCGGAGGAAUAUCAGGAGCUCGGCCGCCGCUACUACAAGCGCAAGCAGCUCGACAAAGCCCUAGAAACCUUCAAUGAUGCCAUCAACGCAACGCCCACGCUCAGCCUGCACGACUACCGCGCCGCGUGCUAUGACAAGCUCGGAGACUACAAUGCCGCCGUGAAGGAUGGACGCGCCAUGAUCAAGCUGGACAAGCAAGAUGUUCGGGGCUAUCUGCGCACUACCAGUGUCUUGGAGAAGUCUGGGAAGCCUGAGAUUGCGCUUGGGAUCUACAAAUACGGCAUGAAGAACGUCCCGGUGGAGGAUAAGAACUUUAAGCUUCUCCAACAGCUUCACGAUAAGCUCGCCCGCAAGCUCUCGCCCGCCAAAGCCGUCGAUCCAUUCACUAUCCUCCCCGUCGAAAUCGCCGAGAUGAUCGUCGAAUACCUCACCUUUCAGAACAUGCUCAACUGCAUGCGCAUUAGCAGAGGAUGGCGUGACUAUCUCCAGAAGCUGCCUCGCCUGUGGCUGCACCUCGACAUGUCGGAGGCAAAGAGACCUGUUCCUCGCAGCUUUGUCGACAAAGCAGUCCGUCGCUCACAGUAUCGCCUCGAGCGGCUCACAUUGCACCGAUUCCAGCAUAUGGACGUGGUGCAGAAUAUUGUGCGAGCAUGUAAGAGCCUGGAGGACAUCAGCAUACUAUCGCUGCCCCUAAAGACUGCAGAAUCGCUGAUAGGCAUCGUGCAAUCGUCGCACAACCUUAAGCGCAUCACCAUCCACUCUGAUAUAACGACGAAUACCUCCACGCAGAUAUUACGCUUUGGACCAAGCCUGGAGACAGUCGACUACAGAUCACUGCAGACGUAUCGGUAUCAGGCAGAUUGGACAGGCCCAUUUCCAAAUCUCAAGUACCUGCGGGUUACUACGCCGAUGUGUCCGAGUACGCUACAGCUAGACCUAGCCCAGCUUUUCGCACUGACUACCUCCCUGCGUACCCUUGUUUUGACAGACAUGACGGGAUCGCUCCCCGAUAACCUCCAGCAUCUGCCGCUGAAGACCCUCACUCUCAAGCGCGUCGGACUCAGCAGACUCCCUAUCCUUCCCUCCACACUGGAGCACCUAACCGUCGAAGUCUCGACACAAACCAGCGUUGGAGCGUAUCAACCUGAAGCUCUGGCCAGCUCCCUUCCUAAACUAACACACCUCACUCUCUCCGGCCUCUCCGGCUUCAACGCUGACUUCUUCUCCGACCUCCUCGACCUCCACCACUCCGACGUCCACCCUAGCAACUUCGAACACCCCAAACGCAUGACCGGCACGCCGCUCCAGCACCUCUCCCUCGCCGGCACCCUCGACCCAGACGACCGCGGCCUCUUCCGCGCACCCGCCCACGUACUAUCUACCUCCCCACGCAUCCUCACACCAAGCCUCUCCUCCCUCACCCUCCACGACCUCCCCGUCAACGACGACGAAAUCGAAGCCUUCCUCACCCACCCAACGGGCCUGACUGCCAUCGACCUGUCCGGAUUGAAGGUCACAGGCGCUAGUAUCAAGAUGUUGACUGAUGGCCUGCGCACACUGAAGGCUGUCAGGGUGGACAAUUGUGCGGCGAUUGUGGGCAGGGAUGCAAUUGCUUAUGCGGAGAGGAGGGGUGUGAGUGUUCAAUGCGCAACGGGUUCUGCGCUGACCGGGAAGGGGCGGAGGGUCAGAGAAGGGUGAUGCCAAACGUAACUAGGGUACUAUGGAUUUCGAAACAGAGUGUUACAAAAUCAAUUGGGUGAAUGCCUCCAGCCCUGUGUCGAGGACUGAGGAUUGCGAAGGGUUUCCAAUUUCGCUGCUCUGGACCUCACCCUCGAGGCAGCCAGAACCACCAACUCUCAACCAACACCCUAGAGG